AUGCCCACUUUAUUGCGCAAAUUGGCCAUUGUUGCGGCAGUCGACGGCCUGAUCCUACAUUCCCAGGCCAACGGACCACGACACACUGGUAGCAACAAUGAGGCUUCAUCCAUCCGCAUCGACUAUAAGACGAACAAAGUUACUGCGUUGCCCGCUUCCGCCUCGGAGCCCCUCGACGGAAAGGAUGCGCUAGAGGCCUACGGUCUCGUAGGUUUCUUAUCUGUCGCUUCAUAUUCAUUUCUCGUUUCCAUCACACAGCGCCAGCAAGUAGCGCAGAUCCAAGGCCAUCCGAUCUAUGCCGUAACCAACGUCGCGAUCAUUCCGGUCUCGUCCCAAGCGGAUGCUUCCCGCGCAAUCACACAGGCUAGGAAAGAAUCAUCGCAGGAGGAAGUCACCAUUGAUUCAUCUUCUGACGAAGAUGACCUCCCCGAUAAUGAAACCGACAGAGCCGAGGCCGAGGCUGAGAUCGGAAGCCUGCCCGCAUCACCUACUCGCGCUACAGCGCAUGUCCGCGGCACCAGCGUUGGCAGUAUCGCAGAAGAUGUGAUUGGGAAGAAAGUUCGCUUCGGCAAAUUUGCUGCCCAUUGGCUAUCGCGCAAAAACUUGGGCUUGCCCGGACCCGGAGCUCUAGAGUCGGAUGUGCCAGAGGCUCCCUUUGACGAAGCCUCUGAUCCAUCGGGUGAUGCCAGUGAGGCAAAAACUGAAGCCUUGGACGAAGCUCUGCCUGAAGAGGUUGGGGCUCAGAGUGAGCCUGAUCGGCCUAGCCAGGCUGCGGACUUGCUGCCGAAGCUGCUUCGAUAUACAAAACUCUUGUUUGCAUCGCAUAACUUUUUCUUUGCAUAUGACUACGAUCUUACGCGCUCUUUACAUAUGCAAGAAGCUCGGAAAGAUCAGCUCCCCCUCCACAAAGUUGUGGAUCCAUUGUAUUUUUGGAAUAGACAUUUGAUGAACACAUUCAUUGAUCACGGGGCACAUGGCUUUGUUCUGCCAUUGAUUCAAGGCUUUGUCGGCCAACGAGCAUUCACAGUCGCCGGUGCUGAAAAGAAACAAUCUUCGGAGGACUCAGUGGAACUUGCGGAAGGCCGAAUCCUCGGUGAAAAACACGAGGCCGAGGCUGUUGAGACCAAUGCUAGCAAGCGUGAUUAUCUUUUAACCCUCAUUUCUCGACGGUCUAAUAAACGGCCAGGUCUUCGUUACCUGCGCCGUGGUGUUGACGAUGAGGGCAACACAGCCAACACAGUCGAAACCGAGCAGAUUCUGUCGGUUCCGGAUUGGGUUCCGUCUCAUCCUGCCUACUCAUAUUUGCAAGUCCGGGGUUCUAUUCCUCUUUACUUCUCUCAGACGCCAUUUGCCUUGAAGCCAGUUCCAGUACUCCAUCACUCUGCAGACACGAAUCUCCUUGCCUUUGGUAGACACUUCCGAGAAUUCAGUCGACGGUAUGGAGAUGUUCAGGCUGUCUCUCUUAUUGACAAGUUGGCCGGUGAAUUGAAGCUAGGAGAGCAAUAUGAGAGAUACACUGAAGCCUUUAAUGAUGCCGGUGGGAUCGACGGUAAGCCAUUACAACUUGAAUGGUUCGACUUCCACCGCGAGUGUCGAGGAAUGAAGUUUGAAAACGUAUCUCGCCUGGUUGACCGACUAAAAGAUACGUUGAACCAGUUCUGCUACACCAUAGUGGCAGACAACGAUAUCCUGCAGACCCAAAAGGGCAUCAUCAGAACCAAUUGCAUGGAUUGUCUCGACCGCACUGGCGUUGCCCAGUGUGCAUUUGGCCAAUGGGCCCUCGAGCAUCAACUUGAAAAUGAAGGCAUUGACAUUGAUCUUGGUGGUGACUCUUCCACCCAAUGGUUCAAUACACUCUGGGCAGACAAUGGCGAUGCCAUCUCGAAGCAGUACUCAUCAACCGCGGCCCUGAAGGGGGAUUACACCCGCACACGCAAGCGAGACUACAGAGGUGCCCUCAACGACUUUGGACUGACACUCUCCCGUUACUAUAACAACAUCGUAAAUGACUUCUUCUCUCAGGCCUGUAUCGACUACCUCCUAGGCAACGUCUCAACCCAGGUCUUCGACGAGUUCGCCAUCCAGCUCCAGACCACCGAUCCAGGAAUCUCAGUCCAAAAACUCCGCCAGUACGCCAUUGACACAAGCUGCAACAUCGUCAUCAGUAGCCCCUCUGAAGAAUUCGUAGGCGGCUGGACCAUGCUGACACCCCGCCAACCCAACACCCUCCGCACCCUGCCGUUUGAGGAAUCAGUCCUGCUCCUAACCGACGCCGCAGUCUACAGCUGUCGCUUCGACUGGGAAACCGACAAGGUCCUAUCAUUCGAGCGCAUCGAUCUCCGCUCCAUCUCGCGCAUCCAUUACGGCACAUACAUCACAUCCAUAUUGACAGAUAGCCAAGCCGAUGAGGCGACCAAUGUCGGUCUCGUUAUAGUCCACCGCGACGGCGACAUGAACACCCUCCGUGUGAAUACUCGAUCCUUGCAGAGUGAUGUCAAUCUCAACACGCUUGAGACCACCGCAAGCGCCAAUAGUGAGUGGGAUCUUGUUUCAUGGCUGCGUGGUAGUAAGCCUGCGACAACGCGGUUUGUCGCGUUCAAGGGCCUGCCGCUGUCGACAGCGGUGGCUAGUCCGCGGCUUGGUCCCAGCACUGGGACUGUUAGGGAGAUGGAUCGGGUUCGCUCGGUCUGUUUGGAUAUCGAGCGCGCGAUGCUUGCGGGUCAGGGGAGGAAUGUUGAGGCGGUCUCUGUGGUUGAACAGUCGGAUAUCAUCUCUCUGGCGGAUGCUAAGAAAAGGACUGGAUGGUUGGAAUAUUUGGUUUACGAUCUUAAGAAGAUGGUUUGGGCAUGA